GGCCCAGUCUCAUAUUUGCCAACAAUCGUUGACUUGGCAACGGUUAGCAAACUCAGGGACCACAACCGAAGGAACAAUUUCGAGCAAGAUGGCGUCGAGAAUCAUGCAUGGUCGGCGAGAGGGUCAAACAAGAGAAUUUGGUGGAGCGAAAGUUAGCGUCAUUCCUGAAGGAGUUGACCCGCGUGAGGUAACAGUUCUCCAGCCCGAUUCGUGGAGGCGCAUCCAGAACAGCCUUUCGCGAUAUAACGAGGAGCAAAUGCGACUGGAAGCGAAGAGGAAAGAAAGAGAGGACCUCCACGCCAUUUCUAAAGAAUCAGUAAAACACUGGGAAAAUACCAUAGAGGGUCAGAGACUGAAGAAGCUAGAAGCACGACAAUUACGAGAAGAAAAGGAGGAGGAGGAAAAAGUCAAGAUUGACAAAGAAGAAGCAAAACAUCAGGCCCAAAAAAGAAAGGAAGCCAUUGAGAGAGCAAAGACUUUGCAAUAUUAUCAGACUGACAGAGUAAAGACAUUCCAUGGUGCCCUCCUUCUAACAGAGGUUCUUAAAGAGAGAGAUGCCCAGAUUGAUAUGAAAAAUGGCCAGCUUAAUGCUGAUAAGAUUAGAGAGAAUCAUCUUUUAAGACUUCAGCAGAGGCAACGUGAGGAAGCCAUUAUGGAAGACCAAAAGAGGGCUUUAAGGAGAUACAAUGAGAGAAAAGCAGUAGCAGAUUUCCAAAACCUUCAAAUUCUUGAUCACAUUGAAGAAGGGAAAAAAGCAAAACAAGUUGAUAUAGAGGAGGGAGAGAAUGUUAAGCAACAAGUUGACAUGUACAUGGCAGCAAAGAAGACCAUUGAAGAACAGAGACGAAAGGAUAAAAAGGAGAUUAUGGAAGAACAUCAGAGGCAGCUGGCUGAUAGAGAAGUUAGGCGUCAGUCAGAGCAGAAAAAAGCCGAAGACGAAGAAGAAGAAAUUCGACAAUUUGCUCAAGCCAAAAAGAAAAUGGCAAGGAUGCGUAAAGAGAAAGAAAGUGAACUGUUCAGAGCCUUCCAGGAUCACACGGAGAGAAUGAGAAAGAAGCUGGCCAACCAGAUGCAGCAGCAAGUGGAUGAUGAAGACGACAGAAUAGCGAAGACUGUGGCAGAAAGGGAAAGGAAGCGCGAGGAGGAAGAGAGACAAAAAUACGAGGCUGAUAUGAAGGCCAAAAAGGAAAUUCACGAUCAAAGGAUCUACAUGAUGAAAGAAAAUGAACGCCGGGCCAUGGAGGAAGCCAAAAAAGAUCGUGAAAUACUCCGCAACAGAGUGAAAUCUGAUAAACUGUUCCACAUGAAACAAGAAGAAAAACGUCUGGAACAGCUGUCCGAAUGCAAGAAACUCAAAGAACUUCAAACGCAACAGAUUGCCGAAGUGAAGGAGCGAGAACAACAAGCCAAGGAAGCGGAACUAGACUUAGACAAACGCAACGGGGAGCUUCUCAGAGAGGAGGAGAUUCAAUUCCAAGAGUACGCUAACAAGGUCAUUACUGAGGCUAGAAACAAUGGCCGUAAUCCUUACCCACUCAUGAAGGCCGCGCAAGAAGGGCCCGGAGGAGGUCGUGGGCCAAAAUUUGAAGGCAAACGAGGGCUUCGACCAAGCUACCUUGUGGGGGAUGCUUCAGGGGUGCAGUUGCCAAAUUACUCCGAUGGAACAGUGAAAGGCUCGCACACGAAAAUUUACGGCAAUCCUGGCGAUAGUAGGAAGCGCUUAGGGUUUACCUGGUGAAUUGCCUUAAAGCGCGAUGAAUUUUUACUUGUAAAUAGACUUUCUUUCGUGUCUCGGAAAUGAACUCUUGCCCACAGAAUUUUCAGAAUGACUGGAUUUCAUGAAGUGUCAUACACUGGUUGGAAAUAAACAAGUUACAAAAGAC